CUUCCCGCUCUCCUGCAAUGGAAAAGAUUCCGUAUAGGUAUAACCCUUUCUGAGGACGAGCUCUUAAUUACGUGACAAAUCUUACGCUCUUAGCAUCUUCUUCAUCCAAAGAUACCUUCUUUAGUCUCUACCCUCUUCCCCUUCAUUGGGUAUCUGCCAUUUCCCUUCAGUUAUUUAACUCUACUUAGCCCCAUUUGCGCUUGAACUUCAUUCCCUUAAAUUUCUCCGCCUUUCUCUGGCCGGCAGACAGAAGCUGGAGAAGUAGAAUUAACAGCAGAAGAAGAAAUCAGAAGAAUUAUUUUGUUUCCUGUUGAGUUCUUCAGAGCUAUGGCUGCUUCUUCGAUUCUGUUUCCCGCGAAUUCCGUGACUGGAACCAGGAGUUGGGGGAAAUCGGGGUUCCUUUUCUCCGAGCGGCGACGUUCCGUGGCUCAGGCAGUGAGGAUGGCUCCUGGGUCGGUUUCCGUUCGGUCUGCUUUGGAUUCCUUGGAGGCAAACGUCUCCAAUAUGAGUGUUAAUGCUCCAAAAGGGUUGUUCCCACCUGAACCCGAACAUUAUAGGGGGCCUAAGUUGAAGGUAGCUAUAAUAGGUGCCGGGCUAGCUGGGAUGUCAACUGCUGUAGAGCUGUUGGAUCAAGGGCAUGAGGUGGACAUAUACGAUUCGAGGUCCUUCAUAGGUGGUAAAGUUGGUUCAUUCGUUGACAGGAAAGGAAACCAUAUCGAAAUGGGACUCCAUGUCUUCUUUGGCUGCUACAACAAUCUCUUCCGUUUGAUGAAGAAGGUGGGAGCAGAUAAAAAUUUAUUGGUGAAGGAUCACACUCACACGUUUGUGAACAAAGGGGGUGAACUUGGAGAGCUUGAUUUCCGAUUCCCAGUUGGAGCACCUUUGCACGGAAUCAAUGCAUUCUUGACCACAAAUCAACUUAAGACCUAUGAUAAAGCCAGAAAUGCAGUGGCUCUUGCUUUAAGUCCUGUCGUACGAGCCCUAGUAGACCCGGAUGGAGCAAUGAGAGAUAUAAGGAACUUGGACAAUAUAAGCUUCUCCGACUGGUUUAUAUCGAAGGGGGGUACACGAGCAAGCAUCCAGCGAAUGUGGGACCCUGUGGCUUAUGCCCUUGGGUUCAUCGACUGCGACAACAUCAGUGCUCGUUGCAUGCUCACCAUAUUCUCUUUGUUCGCCACAAAAACCGAAGCUUCCUUGCUCAGGAUGCUCAAAGGCUCCCCUGACGUUUUCUUGAGUGGCCCCAUAAGGAAGUACAUAGAAGACAAAGGCGGGAGGUUUCAUCUCAGGUGGGGAUGCAGGCAAGUGCUCUACGAGACUUCUCCUCAUGGCGAAACAUACGUGACUGGUCUUGCUGUUUCCAGAGCUACUAACAAGCAAUCCAUCAAAGCUGAUGCUUACGUUGCAGCAUGCGACGUCCCUGGGAUAAAGAGACUGCUCCCUAAAGAAUGGAGGGAAUCAAAAUUCUUUGACAACAUCUAUGAGUUAGUGGGAGUGCCUGUUAUCACAGUUCAACUUAGAUACAAUGGCUGGGUUACCGAGUUGCAGGAUCUCGAGCGAUCAAGGCAAUUGAGGCAAGCUGCAGGGUUGGAUAACCUUCUUUACACACCAGAUGCAGACUUCUCGUGUUUUGCUGACCUAGCUCUCACUUCUCCUGAAGACUACUACAUCGAGGGACAAGGUUCACUGCUCCAGUGCGUCCUAACGCCAGGUGAUCCAUACAUGCCUCUAACGAAUGACAAGAUCAUAGAGAGAGUCACUAAACAGGUUGUGAGUUUGUUCCCAUCGUCCCAAGGGCUGGAAGUCACCUGGUCGUCUGUAGUGAAAAUCGGACAGUCGUUGUACCGAGAAGGACCAGGCAAAGAUCCAUUCCGGCCGGAUCAGAAGACUCCCGUGAAAAACUUCUUCCUUGCCGGUUCAUACACAAAACAGGAUUAUAUAGACAGCAUGGAAGGAGCAACUUUGUCCGGCAGGCAAGCUUCAGCCUACAUUUGUCAAGCAGGGGAAGAGUUGGUCGCACUAAAGAAGAAGAUGGCAGCCGUUGAUGAAUCUCAAGAAAGCUCGAGAUCUGCUUCGGUCACUGAUGAACUCAGUCUUGUAUAAUGCAACCGAUGAUCCGUGUUUUUCAUGGCAAAGCUCUCUGUAUAUAGCGCCAUUACAGAAUGCUCUCGCACAAAAGAGAAGUUCCUUCUUGUGCAUCUAGUAUAAUCAUGCUCCAUUAAUAUACAGAAACGUCAUAUAGCCUGUAAUAGCCGGCAUUAUCAAGCAGUGAGAAGCUCAUUUUUAUCAU